UUCUGUAUACCUUUUAGAUGGGAUGCAGUGUUGGCCAGAGUUGAAAGCCUUUUUAGACCAUUGUACUACAUCCAGGUCUUACUCCUUUUGCAUUAAGAAAUGUGCUGAUCCAAGUUGUUCCAUCUGUGCUAGGCCACGCUUGCCUCCUGAGGUUUUUGAGCAGUUACAUCGAUUUCCAGACCCUAUACCUGGUGAAGAUGGGCACUACAAGUCAUUUAAUGAAGUUUAUGGUAGUGAAACUACGGAGGAGCACAGGCCAUCUCUUCAGCAAAGGGUUACAGCGAAUCCAGGUCAUGGGAUACCAUUUUCCCCAAGUGCGCAAACAGCAAAAACAGUAAAGUGUGUGUUUAUUUGUACAGAAUGUGAAAAACCUCGUGUAGUAUAUGCUGCUAACAAAUUGUCAGAGCAGGAAAUGGCCACUAUAGAGCGCAUUAAGCAGUUAAUUCAAUAUACGUGUGGGUCAUCCCUGCAAGAACUAAAGACUGCCGAUAACAGAACACCACAAGUGAAUGCUUUACUAGACAAAUGUUUCACCAGGGCCAACUUAACAUGUGAAAUGUCAUUAGAAGUUCCAUAUUUCAGUUCAGGAUGUUUCAAGGACUUGUGUUUUCACUGUGGUGAAGAAUAUGAGCUGCAAAAUGAAGCAGGGGCAUAUCCCAUGUGUCUUGAUUGUUCCUCUACAAAAACUCUUCCUUUGAAAAGGAAACAUGUUAAUCUUAAAGAAACUGUUAAAACAAAGAAAAGGAAAUAAACUGUGCUUUUGUAUUUGGUCAAUGA